ACCAUUAGACAACCGCCAGUUUGUCCAGCCGCAUAGGGGAAUCUGCAAUCCGAGAACCGCUCAACAUGAUGAAAUUGAUGCUAGUCGUUGGCUCGAUGGCCCUGCUCCUGGCGCUGGCCAGUGCCCGGCCCCAAAACGAUGUGGAGGUAUUGGAGUACGACUCGGAGAACAUUGGCAUCGGCGGCUACAAGUUCAGCUAUAAACUGAGUGACGGCACCACUCGCACGGAGGAGGGCGUGGUUAACAACGCGGGCACCGAGAACGAAUCGAUAUCCAUCCGAGGCUCCGUCAGCUGGGUGGCUCCCGAUGGCCAGACCUACACCAUCAACUUUGUGGCCGACGAGAACGGUUUCCAGCCGGAGGGUGCCCAUCUGCCCAAGUAGAUCAUCGCUUCCGAGGCGAUCCUGUAAAUAACACCCCCUCAAAACCACCCCACAACCACCAGCAACCCGGCCAUAGAGUGAGGUGCUGAAAUCCUAUCCGGAGGAGCUGUCCCCUGUCCCGCGGCAGUUAGUCGGUCAGUCAGUUUGUAAGUCGAUCAGUCAGUCAAGUCAGUGUCGUGCAUUGUUUUCUUAAUUCCUUGUUACUCGCAUUAAAGCCGAACUUUCGAUUCUCGAAAAAAA